AGGCCAAUUGAAGAAGGGUUGCUCGCCUAAACCUCCAGAUUGCACGCACUGAAAGGAGGGCAAGGAGAAGAACUAAGUCAGCUGACAGAAAAGAGGCUUGCAGAACUGGGCCCAGAACCAUGAGGAGGGAUGUAUCCAGGUGAAAUUUGUGUGCCCUGAAACGAAUUUAACGAGGCAAUUCCGGGAAACGGAUACUGUCCUGAACUUGUUCUAUUUUGUUGAGGGAACGAGCAAGGUUCAGGGCUGUGAACUUAUGUUAGUUGGUGAAAAGCUGAAGCGGGAUCAACUCUCCCUGAAGGAGGUUGGGAGAACAUCAAAUACCACACUGCACAUAAAAGAUGAUGAUGAUCGCCAAUUGUCUUCAGAUCUGGAAUCUUUGGAUGAUGAGGAAAUGGACAAAAAUGAAGAGAAGAAUGAAUCUACUGCUACUGGUUCAGUUUGCACAAAAACCUGUCUUGGAGAUCUACAAAGUGCGGCUAUGGAGAUAAAAACCUUCAUUCGAGUUGGUGUGGAGAAGAACAUGUUCAUCAGCCGUGAGUCGAUCUUAAACCUGAUGGACUAUUAUAGGAGUGAUGACCAACUGACUUUCCAUCGAAUCAAUGUGACGUUCGAAGGAGAAAACAUUGCAGAGGAUAUGGAUGGCUUGUCCCGAGAGAUGUUGACGUGUUUUCUCAAGGCUGCCCUCUCAAAGUAUUUUGAGGGGAGUGAUGCUAAGGUCCCAAAAGUGGACCAUGAUGUGAUGGACACUGAUGUUUUCUCCAUCAUUGGGAAAAUCAUCAGCCACGCUUACGUGUUGUUGGGGUACUUCCCAAUGAGCCUAUGCAAGGCAUCAUUGUGUGCCCUGUUUGACCCGAAUGUGGACUCGGAGAUGAUCACAAGUUCUUUCUUAAAGCUCUUGCCUCCUCUUGAGAGAGACUUUAUGAAUACAACACUCAAAGAUCCGAUCACGCUCAAGGUGAAUGCAAACAGAUUGCGAUGCAUGUCAAUAUUUCCCAUCGGCACUAAAUAAUAUUUUUUUCUUUUGCCGAAAGGAAGAGUAAAUGAUUUUCACCAAAAUGUGUUGCAACAAUGGUAAGAUAAUAGGAGAUGACAUGGUGUUUAACUCCAAUAUUCCCUUCAUAAUAUGGCUAAAAGUCAAAUAUGAGAGUUAAUAAACACCAUGUAUAAUCUGCUUAUAUCUAAUUACUGUUGUAAAUCAUUUUGGUUAUGAUCAUUUACUUUUCCUUUUGACCAUGUAUGUGGACAAACAAACAAAGUGAUUUUUUAGUGCGAAUGACACAUUUAAACAUGUUAAAUGAGUAAAAAUGGGAAGAUUAACUGAAGAGAAAUGCAUGUAUACAAUGUAUGGGAAAAUGUACAUGAAAUGGAAAAAUGCAGUUUUCUCAAAAUUUUACCAACAUAUUUUUUUAAUUCUUGUUGUUUUUGAAACUAUAGGAUAUUGGCUACAAUGUGGUACAGGUUUCAUCUCAAUGCAAUUUUAAAAAAAACUUACUGAAAGUUCAGGAACACUGUGUCACUAGACUCAAUAAUUCAUAUGGGAGGGGCAGCACUACCCACCAGUCCACCCGACUGAACAACCUCGCGAUUUUACUGGCUGUGAGUGGCCUUGGCUCGCUGCCAAUCUGUUGUUGGUGUCGCGAGACCAAACGCAGGAAUACUGGUGCAG